AGGAUUGAGAGGAUAAUUUUAUCUCUUGUGCCAUGUGAAAAUGACGAGUAAGAGGGUCUUCACCAUAGAGUCGCCCCAUGGCCCUGGAGGAGUGUUCUUUUGUUGGCAGAAGUCCAGCGGGAAUUACCUGGUAACUACUGGCUACAAUCAGGCCAUAAACUUGUACAGCAGGCAAGGCGAAGCUAAGGACAGGCUCACAUUGCAGGGACUGUGUUCAGGCUUCGGUUGGGACAAGGAUGGCGACUUUUUGGCAGUCAUCAAUGAUAAAACCCCAUUACUGCUUCUCUGGGACUCCAGGACAUUCAAAUCCACAACCAUUGACACUGGGCUUCAAGACCAACACACUUUCCUCAUCUGGUCAAAAUCUGCUCCAUUGCUAGCUAUCGGCACAGCCAAGGGGAAUGUUGUGAUUUACAAUUCCAAAACAUCGAGGAAGAUUCCUGUGAUUGGCAAACAUGCCAAGAGGAUCAUGUGUGGUGCUUGGAGUAAGCAGAGUUUGUUGGCAUUGGGCAGUGAAGACAGGACCCUGACUGUGUCCAAUGCUGAGGGAGACACUAUCAAACAUGCUCAGCUCAGGGGAGACCCUUCUGACAUCCAGUUCUCUACAAUGAAGGCUGACGAGCGGAAAAGCGGCGAGAACACCAUCAGCCUCAUCAUAUCCCGCAAGACCCUGUUUUUGUUCAACCUGGACGACCCGGAGAACCCGAUAGAACUCGCAUUCCAGAGCCGUUACGGCAACGUGGUGGCCUACGAAUGGUUCGGAGAUGGAUACGUGCUACUGGGAUUCAGUCAAGGGUACUUUGUGGCCAUUUCCACCCACAUGAAAGAGAUUGGCCAAGAGUUGUUCCAGGCCAGGAACCACCGUGAUUCCUUGACUGACAUCGCAGUGAAUGCUGCUCUUGGGAAAGCCGCGUCUUGUGGUGACAACCAAAUAAAGAUACACGAGUUGUCGGACCUUCGGGAAGUGAGUGAAGUCGUGUCUUUGGAUGAAGAAAGAGCCAUAGAUGGGGUUGCCUGGUCGGAUGAUGGACAAUUGCUGGCUGUCAGCACGCCCAAGGGCAACUUGCACGUGUUCCUAUCCAAGUUACCCAUGCUUGGGGAAGCUGUAGGGGCCCAGGCUGUGUACCUUACUGGCCUCGACACCGUCACUAUUCGUCGAAUCGACGCUGAGUCUGGGUUGGAGUGGACCCGUCGGUUGGACGUAGAACCCACAUUCCUGGGCAUCGGACCCACUCAUUAUGCUGCCGGCAUGAACAACAGGGUUUGGUUUUAUGCCCUCGGGCCACCGGACAAGGUCUCUGGAGGUCUCGGUGCCAAGAGGUUCGUCAAGGAUAAGGAAUACGCGGGAAAUGUGACUUCUGUCAAGUUGAAUGAAGUUUAUGCUGCUGUUUUGCAUGAUGGGAAAGUCCUGCUUCACUUGGUGAGCUUCGUUUUUAUUUCAUUCUCUUACUAUUCAAUGAAAAAUGAGUGCGUUCUGUGGGUUUCGAACAAUCAGUUGGUGAGGUUUCGUGUGAAUAAUUUAUUUUGUGUUCGUGAUUUUGACAAUGAACCAAUGUUUUUUCAGUUGGAAGCCGAUGCUGGAGAGACGGAGGAAAGAGAAAUGAAAUUAUUUCCAGGCCGAGAGCAGCAAACUGACAUCGUCAUCACGGAUCACGGCAUCACGCAAGACUUCUUCAUAUUUUCGACAGACUUUGGAGGUUUGUUCUACUUUGGCCUGGAUGACUGGAGUAUCGUGAGUGACUACAAGCACAGAGUCGGGAUCCGCAAGAUAUUCCCUGAAAUCACUGGAUCUCGGCUGAUUUUGAUCGACAACAAAAGCGAGGCUUUCUUGUAUUCACCGGUGAAUGAUGAAACCAUCAGUAUUCCAUCUACUCCUGCCAAGGCCUUGGCAGUUCUGUGGGAAAACUGGUUGCCCGACAGAAAUGUGUUCAUCAUUCAUGAUGACACCUGGAUCUACACCUACAUCUUCAGGAGGGAGUCCAUAGAUGGUGCAUCAGUGGAGCAAGUUGGCAAGACCAGACUGCCGUUGAACCAGCGUCCACUCAUCCUGGUGAAUGGAGAACUCACUUGUCAGACACCAGGUGGCAGAUUGACAACCUUGACACUGUCCACUCAUGAAAUGGUGGCAUCUGUGCAUGACCUGAAGGCUGAAGAACUCCAAUUAGCCCUGGAGAAGAAUUUGGCAUUGGGGCGGUUCAAAGAUGCUUGGCAAGUGUGUCUUGCUCUGGACAAGCGUGAAGAGUGGGUGUGUUUGGGCGAAGCUGCCAUGAGGAACAUGGAAGUGGAGACUGCUGCAAGAGCCUACAGACAAGCUGGUGAUGUAGGCAUGGUGUGGUUCCUGGAAGACUUGUCAGGUUGCCAGGACAGGGUUCUCAUGGCUGGUCACCUGUGCAUGGCACUCAAUGAAUAUGACAAGGCUCAGGAGUGGUACCUCAAGUCUGGUACCCCAGUGUGUGCCCUGGAGAUGAGAAGAGACUUGUUGCACUGGGACCAAGCUCUGCAGUUGGCCAAUAAACUGGCACCUGCCCAAAUACCUGCUAUAUCCAGGGAAUAUGCCCAGCAAUUGGAAUUCACGGGAGAUUACCCUCAAGCACUGGUGCACUAUGAGAAGGCCAUUGGAAGUGACACUUCAGUGCCAGUGUCUGGUGAAGACAGUGGGGAUGAACAUCAGUUUGCGUGUCGUGCGGGUAUUGCAAGGACUUGCAUACGUUGUGGAGAUCUGCGGAGAGGUGUGCAAAUAGCUGGUAACAUUGACUCAAAGGCCGUCAAAAAGGACUGCGCUGAAAUCUUGGAGUCCAUGAAGAACUGGCCCAGGGUUGGAGAACUGCUGCCGAAUGUCACAUCCCCAAGGAUCCACUUGCAGUUUGCCAAGGCCAAGGAGUCUGAGGGAAGGUACAAAGAGGCGCUGGCUGCUUAUGACAGAGCCAGGGACUAUGACUCGGUGGUGAGACUCUUGUUGGACCACUUGGAAGACCCUGAGGCAGCUGUCAAGGUUGUGAGGGACACUAAGAGUGUGGAAGGUGCCAAGAUGGUGGCCAAGUUUUUCCUCAAGCUGAAUGACUUUGGUUCUGCCAUACAGUUUUUGGUGUUGUCCAAGUGCAAUGAUGAGGCAUUCAGACUGGCCCAGCAACACAACAAGAUGGAGCUGUAUGCGGACAUCAUCGGCGACGACGCAACCCACGAAGACUACGCCAGCAUUGCACUCCAUUUCGAAACCACAGCCAAGAAUCUCUUCCUGUCUGGAAAGUUCUACUUCCUGGCUGGCAAGUACGAGAAGGCCAUGUCGCACCUGUUGAGACACGCCGGAGGGACAGGCCGAACAACAACAACGACAUCGAUGAGGGAAAGUGCCGGAGGCGAGGACAGGGCCCUGCAGUUGGCGGUGGACGUGGCAGCAGCCAGUGGGGACGACAAGUUGAGUGGACAACUCAUUGACUUUUUGCUCGGCGAUGUGGACGGUGUGCCCAAGGAUGCCAGGUACUUGUUCCGGUUGUACAUGGCCAAAAAGAUGUUCAGGCAAGCUGCCAAGACUGCUGUCAUCAUUGCUGGAGAGGAGCAGAGUAGAGGGAACUACAGGGUGGCCCAUGAUGUCCUCUUGGGGAUGUGUGGAGAGUUGAGAGGGCAAAAUUUGCCAGUGGGACAGGAAAUGCAGAAUGCUCUGGCACUGCUUCACUCGUACGUUCUGGUGAGGGUUCAGGUGAAACGGGGUGAGCAUAAAAUCGCUGCCAGGUUGCUUGCUAGGGUUGCCAGAAGUAUCUCCAAGUUUCCAGCUCAUGUCGUCCCUAUCCUAACGUCGACGGUGAUCGAGUGCCAGAGGUCGGGCAUGAAAGCCACAGCCUUCAACUAUGCCGCUGUGUUGAUGCGUCCUGAGCAUAGAUCCAGGAUUGAUGACAAGUACAAGAGCAAGAUUGAGGCCAUUGUGAGGAAGAAUGCUGGCAGCAGGGCCAAGGAAGGGUCGGAAGUGUCUGGAGAGGAUGAGGAGCUGGGUGUGAAGACACCGUGUCCAGCGUGUGCCUUUCCAGACUUGCCAGAAAUGGACUUGGAUUGUCCCAGAUGCAAGACCAGGCUCCCAUUUUGCCUGGCCACUAAGCAGCAGAUCUUCUUCAUCAACUACAGUGCAGAAAACUGA